GAAGUUGUCUUUAGUUUGAGCUGAGUUCACCGAGAAAGAUGGUGGGGGCUUUAUCUGUGGUGAGUUCAUCGGUUAUGGAGUCUCACACGGGUCCAUGUUUGUGCUUGGAUGCACUGCCAUCUACCAACAUCAACCUCAAAAGAAAGCAUGCGGCUGCAAGGCCUGGUUCGUUGGAAUUAGGCAGCUCCUUUGUGGAUUCAUGGCCUGAUUGGAGGCUGUCCUCCAAGACCAUUCUGAACAGGAGUUGGAGGAAGCAGCAGCGCAAGGACCGUAGACUUGUGGUCGUCAAUGAUUUGGGAGGGCAGUAUGAAGAUACUUUUGGGGAUGUUAAAACGCAAUUACUCAAUUACUUCACAUACAAAGCAGUGAGGACUGUUCUUACUCAGCUUUAUGAAAUGAAUCCUCCAAAAUAUACAUGGUUUUAUCAGUAUGUGGCAUCAAAUAAGCCCAGCGAUGGCAAGCUCUUCUUACGCACGCUCGGCAAGGAGAAUCAAGAGCUUGCUGAAAGAGUGAUGAUAACACGGCUUCAUCUGUAUGGGAAAUGGAUUAAGAAAUGUGAUCAUGCUCAAAUAUACAACGAGAUUUCGGAAGAGAACUUGGAACUGAUGCGCGAGCGGCUUAUGGAGACUGUGGUUUGGCCCUCCGAUAAUACAAACCCUGAGAAGAUUGGCUGAGGGGAUGCAUUUGCAGUUGUUUCAGAUUUAGCCUUAGGUAUCCUUUCUGUAGACUCACCAUGUUUGGUCCGAAGCAAUGUUUUUACUUAUAGAUUGAACUCUGUAUGCUAUGAAUUGUAUAUAAGUUAUGAAUAUUA